GAGUUAGUUGGUUGGUGAAUGGUGGCGCGGGGCUUAUCCAGGGAAGCGGAGGAGCAGAGAGGAAUUAGAAAUGCACUCGCACCACUCCCACCCCUUACUACGCCCACAAGUGACCCCUUCUUCUUUUCCCAAACCAUUUCCCUCUUCGUUUCUUCUUCUUCUUCCUUCCACUUUCUGCUCCAAGACAUUGCGUUCCUCAACUCUCUCUUCUUCCCCAAUUCUCCAAAAUGAAACCAAAUUGCGUAUGUUCCUUUCAAAGGACUCUCCUCCUUGCUGCAAUCCACCAUCGCGUUUUGAAAUUGAUGAGCUCAGGGGCACAGGGAGAUUCACUCGUUCUUUCAAGAAUUGCAACAAUUCGCCUGAAUCAGUUGCUUACAACUCCAAUCGAGAAUGUCACUUAGCUCCACCUCUUGUUUCUUCUGCUCUCAAGUUUAUGCUGUUCUUCGGCUUCCUCACACUUCAGGACUCUUCUCCUGCUGUUGCUGCUUCUGACUUUUCCAGUGGUUUGAAUUCGUUCCCUUUCUUUGGGGAUAUUGGUGACAUAAGCACAGGUUUUGCUUCAGCUUUUCUGCUGAUAUUUUUCUCUGAACUGGGAGACAAGACCUUUUUCAUUGCAGCACUGUUAGCAGCUAGGAAUUCAGCUGGUGUUGUUUUCCUUGGGACAUUUGGUGCACUUGCGGCGAUGACUCUCAUAUCUGUCGUACUUGGACGUACUUUUCAUUAUGUUGAUGAAAUCUUGCCGUUCAGGUUUGGAGAAACUGAUUUACCUGUUGAUGAUAUUGCUGCUGUUUGCCUAUUGGUGUACUUCGGGGUGUCUACCCUGCUGGAUGCAUCAUCUAGCGAUGGCCAAAAAUCAGAUGAUGAGCAGAAGGAGGCAGAGUUAGCAGUUUCAGAAUUUUCUGGAAAUGGUGCUGGGAUACUAGCCGCUGCUAGCACAAUUGUCAGCACUUUUCUCUUGGUUUUUGUUGCUGAAUGGGGUGAUAAAUCAUUUUUCUCCACAAUUGCCCUUGCAGCAGCUUCUUCUCCGCUUGGAGUCAUAGCUGGAGCACUGGCUGGUCAUGGCGUUGCAACUUUGCUAGCUGUACUUGGGGGCUCUUUACUGGGGACAUUUUUGUCAGAGAAGGUUAUUGCCUACAUCGGAGGUGUUCUAUUUCUCGUCUUUGCUGCGGUAACCGUAUUUGAAAUUGUGCAAUAAGGGUUAAGAGAAAUGCAAUAUAAGCUCAAUACAAAGGCAGAGAGAACGCUUUGACCUCUAGAGUAAUACAAUUCUGCGCUCCCUUUAUUAAAUUUUAUUAAUGGCGGCUCCAGAGGGAAAAGAAAAAUAUUUAUUACCAGUAUCUGUUUUAGGAAUAGUUGAUCUACCUUUCAUUGCAAUCCUAGUCAAUUAUGACAAUUUUUUUGCAAAAGGUAAAAAAUCAUGUCAUGUUAGCCAUUGAAAAGUUGUUAUUUUUUAAAACGAAAAUUUUGAUGCAUAAUUUAUGUGACACGUGAUUUAAUUAUUAG